CAUUUCCCAGUUAUUUCAGCAAGAAACGAUGUUCUACUCUGUCAAUCCCUCCGUUUAUCUUUGUAUAAUCAUAAAAAAUUGUAAACAAUUAACCAUGGGUGUCUUACAAAAUUAAGAACAAAUUACAUUAGCCAUUCUAGCGCUCAAUCCUUCAUUCGUUUCAUCAACAAAAAUAAACAAAAGCACGUGAUAAAUUCACCUCGUUCUGUUUUUUAAUUACCAAAAACUUUCUCCAUUUUUAUCCUUCACAUAUUUACGUUAUGACUACUAAAUAAAUUACAUUUCACCGCGAGUAAUGACAAGCAAUUCAUUUCAAUCAUGGACACCGACGGUUUCGGGGAAACAUCCAGAUAGUAUUGUAUCCUCCGAAUUCACAACAGCUAAAAAAUUUAGACCAUCUUACGAGAGAGAAGAACCAUGCAUUGAGCAACUACUGGCUAAUGAAUAUCAGAGAAUAUGGCUGACGGAAAGGGAUGAGUGGCUUAACAAACUUGCUCUUUCCAAGGAUGAGAAUAAACGUCGGCACAAAUUUAAAUCUAGUGAAUCAACAAAUAAGAAAGCAGCUGAUAAAUCGACGAAAACAACGAGAAGCACAAGAACGAUGUGCAAUUCUCAAGCGACUGGAUUAAAACAAGAAAAGAAACCGUAACAGUCAUCACCUCGUUCCAGAUCUAUUACUGAGCUAAUCCAAAUAAUAUAAAGUGACUUUCAAGUAUUUCUGUUCAAGUCCAAGUGAAAAAAUAACAGGCGAAACAUUAAAUAACUUAACAGCUUUCUCACAUAAACAUGGCUUUUAAAAAACGACACACCUACAAUUCUUAUCCCACGAAAUCUUACAGGUGCGGCUGACUAUUCAUUUCAUGUAAUAAAAUUCAUAGCGAUUCAAAGUGAAAUUAAUUCAGUCAUAAUGUACUCGAGAAUGUCGGAAACCCCGGAAACGGUUUUAUGACCGAUAACACUCCACCUUUUUUAUUUAUUUCUUUAUAUAUUCAUUUUUCAUUAUUUUUUGAAGCCGAAACAUCGGUGACCUUCAAAUCCAUUAGUAUAAAAAGAAGAGAGCACUCGAAUCUAAUAAAAGCAACUCACGCAGGAAUUCGGCUUAUGAAGCCAUUUCAUCAUUAUCAUAAAAAAUUUAUAAUAGUCUAGUCAUUCUAGUCUCUAAUUCUCCUCAAUUAAUACCAAACGAAGAGCUAAAUUUUUUUCUCAUCUCCACUAAUGAGA